AUUUCAGUCUGAACGAGGAUGUCACAAGUAAAACCACUGCCGGAAGAUAUACAAAAAGUUGCCAUUGAGGAAUUGGGUGAAGUGCCGUCUAGGAUACCAGCCGAUUUGGAAGCUUUGAAAGAAUGGAUAAGAAUUCAGCCACAUCUUAGGGCUCGGAUGGAUGAUCAAUUUCUCAUACAAUUUUUGAGGGGUUCCAAAUACAGUUUGGAAAAAGCCAAAGAGAAAGUGGAUUUGUAUUUUUCGCUGAAGAGCAAAUAUCCCAACAUGUUUUCUCCAUGCAAUGUGGAUGAUCCGAAAUUUAGACAAAUGCACAACUUGGGAUGCUAUGUCUUACUGCCCAAGCCUUUAAACGGCAAUGGUUGCCGUAUUUGUGUGGGACGUUUCAGUUAUUCGCCGGAUAAUCUCAACAUAGAAGAUAUUUAUCCUCCCACAUGUGCCAUGUUCGAAAUAACCUUUCUCACUGAUCCUCAUGCCUCUAUCCAUGGAUUUGUUUUCGUAUUUGAUUUCGGUGAAUGUACUGCUAGCCACCUGCUGCAAUUUACUCCAACUUUUUGUAAAAAAGUCAUUUCAUUUUUGGAAAAAUCAAUGCCCUGCCGUAUCCGUGCUGCCUAUUUUAUAAAUGUACCAUCAGUUGCCCAGCAAAUUUUGAGAGUAAUAUUUACCUUGUGUUCGGAAAAGUUGCGACAGAGGCUCUUUAUUAUUGGUAACAACAUUAAUGAUCUCACAAAAUAUAUUCCUCUCGAGUAUUUGCCCAAGGAUUAUGGCGGCAACAAUGGAUCACUCAACGAAUUGAUCAAGGAAUAUAAUAAAACCUUCGACUCAUUUCGUGAAUACUUUAAGGAAAAUGCCCAAUAUGGCACCGAUGAAUCAUUGAGAAUAGGCAAGCCAAUCGAUUUGGAUGGACCAUUCGGUAUGGGCGGUUCAUUUAGAAAAUUAGCUGUAGAUUAAGAAAAUUAUUUAAAAAAACAGAUUAAAAUAAAAUUAAGAAAAGAAAAAAAAUAGAGAAUUUAUUUGAAGUAGAUUAUACCACCUGUCAACAGCUUCAGAGCAGUAAUAGUUUGUUUUCAGAGGGAACUAAUAAAUGGGAGGCAUAUCCAAAUCUGAAUCGAUUUUCACUAAAUUUGACGGAGACAUUUUAAUCCUUUAUACCAAAUAACAGUGCUAUAGAGUGCAUGAUAUCACUUCGAGAAGGAUUGUAUUAAAACAAGCAAAAAAGCAGUAAGUUCGGCCAGGCCGAACUUUGAAUACCCUCCACCAAUUGGAACAAAUUAGAAAAUUUUCAAAAAAAUAAAAUCCAUUAAAUUUUAUUUUAAAUCUUUACAAUAUCUAAUAUAGGAAGGUGUCGAUAUAUGGGAGUAUAUAUGAUAUUGUGGAUCUAUUAAGACAAAUCUAUGUCUGGGUGUAAAGUACUCACAAGGAACUCCUUGUAUGGAUUUUCUGACAAUUCCGUUGAAAAAUGUGGGUAAAAUUAUCAAAAUACCGAAUAUCGGGGGUACCGUUAUAUGGGGGAUAUACGAUAUCGUGGACCUAUAUAGACAAUUCUCUUUCAGGCGGUAAAGUAUUCACAAGGAACUACUUGUGUGAAGUUUCAGACCACUCCAUUGAAAAAUGUGGUUAACAUCUUCAAAAUACCGAAUAUCGGAGGUUACCGUUAUAUGGGGGCCACGAUCCACGAUGUCGUAGAUCGAUAUAGGCCAACUUCGAGCUUGACUUGAGGGUACCGUUAUAUGGGGGCUAUACGAUAUCGUGGAUCGAUAUAGCCCAUCUUAGAGCUUGACCUGCCUGCAGAUAAAAGAGAGAUCUGUGCAAAAUUUUAGCUUCCUAUCUUAAUUCGUUUAGACUGUAGCGUGAUUACAACAGACGGACAGACGGACGGACGGACGGACAGGGCUAAAUCGUCUUAGAAUUUUACGCUAAUCAAGAAUAUAUAUACUUUGUGGGGUCUAAAAUGAUUAUUUCGAUGAUACUAUGUAUGGUGGAGGGUAUAAAAAUAUAUAUCGGAGACGAGUUCCACAACAUGGAAACCUACAUACGUUGCGAAAUUCACUCAAUUUGGGCUGAUAUAAGCCUUUAUUUACACAAUAAACCCGAAAUCGGAUUAAGGAUAUAUAUGGGAGCUAUAUCCAAAUCUGAAUCGAUCGUAAUAAAAUUUGACCGAGGUAUUUCUGUGCUGUAUCUGGCACCAAAUAUCACUGUUGUUGAAUGCCGUUUUUUUCUAAGUUGAUUAUCUGUUUCUGGGCUAAAUACGGUUCGUUUUACGAAAAUUCAGGUCAUUUGGGCAGAUAUUGGUCAUUUGGUGCACAAUUAACCCGAAAUAAUAAUGUAUAAAAAAAUGUUAAAAUUAGGGCAUUGCAGAUUUUCAUCAAAUUUGAUGUACUUGCUUCUAGACUGAAAUCGGUUGGAUGUGCCAAAAUUCAGGUCAUUUGGACUGAUGUAUUUGGUGUAGGGUAUAAAACCAAGAAUGAUAUUAGGAUCGUCCGCAUAGUGAAAUAUUUGGGUUGCCAUAGAAGCUUAUUGUUUUUUUUUUAUUGAAAUGAACCCAAAACCGAAAAAUGUCCUGAUUUCCUAAAAAUUUGGAUAGUUAUUUUUGAGUGAAAAAAAGCUAAAUUUCCAUUGAUUUACAAUUUUAUAUUUAUUUUAAUAAAAAUUGCAAAAUACCUUCACUUA